AAACGAAGGCUCAUUGUGAACUAGGGUUUGCUGCUCUCGUUAGGGUUUACUCAUCUCUGUUUCUGCCGAUCCAGACGAAGAGAGAUAGAGAGAGAAAAUGGGAGUUUUCACGUUUGUUUUGAGAAGCACUGGAGGCGAAUGGAACGCUAAGCAGCUAUCUGGUGAGUUGGAGGCCUCCGCGUCUUCAACUUUCGAGUUGCAGAGAAAGCUUGUUCAAGCUGCCUCGUCUCAAGAUUCAUCUGGUGGUGUUCAGUCUUCUUUCGCCAUGGUUUCUCCAUCUUCUGCAGUUUUCCAGGUGGUUAUCGGUGGAGGUGGUGGAGGUGGUUUUAUCGGGGGUGGCGCUGCUGCAGCAGCAGCACCUUCUGGUGCUCCAGCAGCAGCAGAGGCACCACCAGCUGAAGAGAAGAAGGAAGAGAAAGAGGAGAGUGACGACGACAUGGGUUUCUCGCUUUUUGAUUAAUUAUCUCUCUUCACGUUUGAAUCUAUUUUACUUCUCUAUCUUUUGAGGGAAUUUUGUGUUAGUAAUCCAUGGACCUUCAAAAACUGUAGCAGUGACGAAUAUUAUGGUAGCAUGUCGUCUGGAGAGUUAAAUUUGGUUUGUCAAAGUUGUGGAAUGAUCGCUUCAUGAAAAUGUGCAAAUAUCUCCAUUUUUAGA